CAUUCAUUUCUGCCCGCUUGUCCUGCGUCCCCUGCCGCUCAGCCGCCUGACCAGGUCUCCCGAGGCCUUCUUUCUCUUCCUUCUGCCCCUCCGCUGGGAUAUGGCUGCUCCUCUCCACCACCCCCCACCCUCUGCUUUUGGGUUUUGCUUUAAGUGUUACGUUGAGACACCAGUUAAAUAUAUUUCUCCAAAUAUGAGAAAUGCAUUCCGUAUUUUAAAGAUGAGAGAGCUCCCAGUAGCAGAAAAGACGUGGAUUUGGGCAGCAUGCUUGCAGAAGCGUCUCUGGAGCCUGGAGCACAGACUCACACCUGCCCUGCGACGCUGAAGGAUUCCCAUCUGUUCUUCUUAAGAACGUGCACUUAGGACUCAGAGGCAGGUGCUGCUGUCCGGACUCAUAGGUGUCGUCUCCUGGAAGAGGCCCCUCUCCCUCGUGAUAACCUUUUUCAUGCUGCUUUCUGCAGUGUGUGUAAUGCUGAAUUUGGCUGGUUCAAUUCUCUCUUGUCAGAAUGCUCAGCUAGUCAACUCCCUAGAAGGCUGCCAGUUGAUUAAGUUUGACAGUGUGGAGGUGUGUGUCUGCUGUGAGCUGCAGCACCAGUCGUCCGGCUGCAGCAACCUCGGGGAGACGCUGAAACUGAACCCGCUGCAGGAGAACUGCAACGCUGUGAGGCUGACCUUGAAGGAUCUCCUCUUCAGCGUGUGCGCCCUCAACGUCCUGUCCACCAUCGUGUGUGCGCUGGCCACAGCCAUGUGCUGUAUGCAGAUGGUCUCCUCUGACGUCCUGCAGAUGUUCCUUCCGCAGAGGUCACAUCCGGCCAACCCUGCCUGCGUGACUCCUCAUGGCACCGUUCUCCACCAGACCCUGGAUUUCGAUGAGUUCAUCCCCCCACUCCCGCCUCCACCCUAUUACCCGCCAGAGUACACCUGCACACCCUCCGCCGAGGCCCAGAGGGGCCUCCACCUGGACUUUGCUCCGUCUCCAUUCAGCACUUUGUAUGACGAGGCCAUCAACAGCCCUGGCCUGCUGUAUCCUGCUGAGCUCCCCCCUCCCUAUGAGGCGGUGGUGGGCCAGCCUCCUCCCAGCCAGGUUACAAGUAUAGAUCAACAGGUGGCCGAGUCCAGCUCCGGGGACCCAAACACCAGUGCUGGCUUCAGCACUCCAGUACCAGCCGACAGCACGAGCCUCCUGGUGUCUGAGGGCACCGCUACGCCAGGUUCCAGCCCAUCCCCCGAUGGCCCUGUGGGUGCCUCAGCACCCUCUGAAUCUGCCCUUCACCCUGGCUGCGUGUCUCCAGAGGAUCCUGGCAUGGGCUCGCAGGUGCAGCCAGGUCCCGGGCGUGUAUCCCGCUCUACCAGUGACCCCACCUCGUGCACAUCUGGCAUGGCAGGCGAUGCCUCCUCACACAAGCCGUCGUGUAGCCAGGACCUGGACGCGGGGCUGGCUGAGGCUGGGCCCGGGAGCGCUUCCAUGUCUCGCUCUGCCACGGCUGCCUGUCGGGCCCAGCUUUCACCAGCGGGGGACCCAGAUACCUGGAAAAUUGACGGACGGCCAACACCGGAGCCUUUCCUGGCAGCCUCCAAACAGCGGCCGCGCUCUUUAGUGGACAGCAAGGCCUAUGCGGACGCCAGGGUUUUGGUGGCUAAGUUUUUGGAACACUCACACUGUGCCCUCCCCACCGAGGCACAGCACAUGGUGGGUGCCGUGCGCUUGGCCGUCGCCAACGAGGAGCGCCCCGAGGAGGAGGCCGUCUUCGGCGCUGGCGUUCUGGACCAGGUAUGAAGGAGCCACGAGUCUGACCAUGGACACCAACGGGCCUGGCGCCACCGAUGGUCUUGCCAGAAGCCGUCAUGCCUGACAGAGGCCUUCAGGCCCAGCUGGGCUGAGGACAAAUGUGGGGGACACCCAGGAUGAUCUGGGGGCGGCGUGGGCAGGGAACUGUCACUCCCUCUCUCGAGGGGAGCCGAGCGGUCGUCUCCCUGUGAACUGCGUUUCCUGCCUAGCCCAGUAACUGGGAAAGAUGACUCUCGUGUCCGCAGUGAACUCUGGUUUUAUCUGGCGUGCAGCGCCUUGAACUGAGCAGCGUUGCACAAACGUGAAUACAGCAACAGGCGACACUUAGGUCACCUAAAGACUCGAAGUAUCUCCAAAAUCAGGGCCAUCCAAAGCAGGAGUUCCCCAUCCCUCAUUUAACUUAGUGUUCAGGGGACAGAGGGUGACAUCGAGUCAUGAGACAUUUUCUCAUGUGGCUCGAUGGCUCUAUCAUUAAACGUUCAUCACGCUCUGGCCUAUUUCCUAUGAAAGGAAAUAGGUAGCGUUAGCACAGAUGGCAGCCUGCACCCAACUUUCUGUCCACAGGGCUACUGUGCAAACAAAUGUACAAUGAGGGCCUCUGCCGUAGCCUGGCCACCCCAGGGGACAGGCCGGUGUUGCAGAGGGUUGGAGGAACCCACCGUCUUCUGGGCCUCGAGCUCAGCCUCCCUCCGUGGGGUGCCUCCCCCACCUCCUCUCAGGCCCCCUUUCUCCAGGCUCCCGUCCUGUCCCUGGCGCAGACCUGAUUCAGUUGUUUGAUCCAUAACAAUAAGCGCCGAUUCCCAGCUCCUCUGGGGGUCUCCCUGUGUCUGAGCUCACCUGAUUGAGCUCAGUGGGUCCACUUCUGAGGGAGAGAGGCCGGUUUCUCUGGGAAGUGGCCCCUUCCGAUAAAGCAGAUAGAUCCCUGUGACCCAGAGCUGACCUUCCCCCGGGCAGGCGGCAGCAGACAGACAGACACGCCUGCGCAGGAGGAUCAUAAACCACCUACAAACCCACGCAAAACGGAAGAGACACCCGCCAUGCUGCUUGUGCAGAAGCAGGCAUGCCCAGCUUGGGGGCAGCUUGGGGACCUUGGACUUUCUUGGCCCCUAUCCCCUUGUUUUCAGGUGGCAUCAGUGGCAGCUGCUCCCAGCGAUGGCCCUGGAACAGCGCCAUCCACGAGAACUUUCUGCAGUCAUGGAAAUGCCUGUUCAGGGCCACUAGCAGCAACAGCCUCUGAGCUGCGUUGGGUGGGCCCUGCAGUGAACAAAGCAGCCUAGAGCCUGAGUUCUUCCCAGAGAGCCCGUGAGCCAGAGAGCCCGUGAGCCGGAUAGCCCGUGAGCCAGAGAGCCCGUGAGCCUGAGAGCCCGUGAGCCAGAGAGCCCGUGAGCCUGAGAGCCUGUGAGCCUGGCAUGGGGGCACAGGGACCAGAGGGUGCCUUCCACUCCUGGGUGCCAGGGCAGGGGGCUCAUGCUCUUCUCUCGGCUCCGUGGGGCUUGUCCUUGAGCUCCCCCAAUUCCCCAACACCACUGUGGCCAGCGUGCUGGGGAGCUUCUGUGUGACUGGAAGCCGGGAAGGGCGUGGGGUUCCAGCCUAGGUGCCCAGAGCCUUCCUGCAGCCCCUUACCCCCGCCCUGGGGGCUGAGGUGUAGGCCUCCCCCAGCUGUGGUGGGUUGAAAAGGCUUCGAUUGCUUUAGAGAGCUGAAAACAGAUGACAACCUGCACUUUUCCAGGAAAGAUGUACUAGAGAUGAGCACUUUAUUCAGACUAUAAAACAGGAAAUCUAUACUUUUUCUCAAGUAGGGGCUUGUGAACUCCCUCAAGGCAAGUCCCUUUACAGGUGAAGUUAAUUGGUGGAUUUUCAGAAUGGCUGCCCUGGAGCAGAGCUUCAGCCACGCCUGACGCCCCGGCCGCUGGAUCUCCACUGUCUGAGGUGUGUUGGGGCCGCGCUGCAGGGGUUUCACCUGCUUGGGGGGUCCACACUAGGGCUUGGGGGUUCACACAGCAUGGUCCCUGGGCCGAGCCCUUGUGCGGGCUAGAGCUGCAGUCCUCAGACACGGCUGCAAUUCCAGCGAGGCCAAGACCACCAGCCACCCAGCGGACUUGGCCUCCGGGCUGUUUCCCUCUGCAGCCGGGGUGGAGGCCACUGGACCACCCAGCCUGCUGCUCGGCAUCCUUCCCUUCUCUGCAGCAGGGCCCGGCCCCAGUGGCCAGUGGGGCUCCUGCCCCAGCACUGCCUCCCUGCGGGCCCCCACCUGCACCCCACCCUCACCCAGCUCUGGGUUUGCGCUGGUGGCAGCUGUUGUGUGGAUACAGAAACUGUACCCAACUUGAUGCCACUGGGCUGGAACCUUCUGCCCCCUCAAAAUGAGGCAGUCAGGGACAGGGUGGGGUGCCCCACUCAGCCCAGCUUCUCAGAGCCACUCAUGGACUCUGGGAGGGUCCCCAGAAGAGAGAGGUACUGGUAGACUAGGGAAUGUGCUGGCAACUUGACCCAGAAGCUGUGGGGCCCUUGACCCUGGUUCCAUGGCAUCUGGGUACCAGCAGCAAGAGCCCGAGCCCCAGGCUGCACGUUGGCUCACAGCCAAGGAGAAAGCCGGCUGCUUCCCCCCCACUGUGUGCAUCCUUCCCCCGCUCUCAUCAUGCUCCCUGUCUGGGCUCUGAAAUGAGCCAACUGUAGCUGCUUUGGGGGUGACAUGCUCCUUCUCCAGCUCAGCUGGGCCCCGGGCAUCCCCUGCCCUGCCCUGAGACCCAAAGGGGGUUUGGCAUCUGCUGUGACACCACCAUUGACCCCAGCUUGGGGACCACGAGGAUGCUGAGCGGGGAGAACCUGGACCCCAACUCUAUGGUAAGCAAGGUCGGAGAAGGGGGAGCAUCAUUGGCAAGAACUUCAGGUCUCAUCCUUGGCUGGAGAUGAGGAUCCACAUUAAAUGCUUAUAACACACCAGGCCACAGAAAGCUCGCUACACACGGAUGCUUCUCCCCACCCGUGCUGACUCUCAGAGGCUGCUAAGGCAGAAUUUAUAGGAAAUUGUUUUCAAGCCACCAGAGACCUGUUUGUACAACUGGAACGGUUGUAUUUAUUUAAUGUACCUCAAGGUGUUUUAAUAACGAUCCGUGUUUUAAUAAAAAGUAUUUCUGGUCUCUGU